CUAGGCAAACCCGAUGUUUACAAAGAUGUCUGCCGUGUGCUAGUUUGCAAAGCAACAAGCUCGUUCUUCUAGAUAGGCUAUAAUAAUCUCGACGGACCAAUUCAACCAGUUGUAAACCAUGCAUCUAAAACAUAUCAAGACACUUUUGACACCCCAAGAUGGAGCUGCUAAAGUGACGUGUAUGACCUGGGCACCAAACAACAGCAAGUUUGCCGUGUGCACGGUGGACAGGGUGGUGUUACUGUAUGACGAGCAAGGAGAGAGGAGAGACAAGUUCUCCACCAAACCUGCAGACUCCAAGUAUGGCAAGAAGAGCUAUGUGGUUAAGGCCAUGGCAUUUUCACCGGACUCAACUAAGAUUGCCAUAGCCCAAACCGACAACAUCAUCUUUGUCUAUAAAAUAGGGGAGGAAUGGGGUGAGAAGAAAGUCAUCUGUAACAAGUUCGUGCAGACGAGUGCUGUGACUUGUCUGAUCUGGCCAGCGGAGCACGCUAUUGUGUUUGGAUUAGCCGAGGGGAAGGUCCGGAUCGCUAACACCAAAACUAACAAGUCCUCCACCGUCUACGGAACGGAGUCCUACGUCGUCUCUUUGACAUCUAAUGUGUCUGGGAAGGGCGUCCUGUCAGGCCACGCUGACGGAACAGUCGUACGCUACUUCUUCGACGAUGAAGGGUCCGGAGAGUCCCAGGGCAAGCUGCUGAGCCACCCCUGCCCCCCCUACGCCCUGGCCUGGGGCGCCCACAGCGUGGUGGCUGCGGGCUGCGACCGGAAGAUCGUGGCGUACGGCCCCGAGGGCGCCGUGCUCCAGACGUUCGACUACAGCCGAGACCGCUCGGAGAAGGAGUUCACUGUAGCUGUCGCCAGCCCCAGUGGCCAAUCGGUGGUGAUCGGCAGUUACGACCGGCUGCGGGUGUUUAACUGGGGUCCUCGUCGGGAUAUGUGGGAUGAAGCAGCUCCUAAGGAGAUCCCCAACCUGUACACCAUCACAGCCCUAGCCUGGAAGAAGGACGGCUCUCGCCUGUGUGCUGGAACUCUGUGUGGCGGGGUGGAGCAGUUUGACUGCUGCCUGAGGAGAAGUAUCUACAAGAACAAGUUUGAGAUGACCUACGUGGGCCUGAGCCAGGUGAUCGUGAAGAACCUGUCCACAGGUUCGCGUGUGGUUCUCAAGUCCCACUACGGAUACGAGAUAGACAAGGUGAAGAUCCUGGGUAAGGACCGCUACCUGGUGGCCCACACCUCUGACACCCUGCUGCUGGGAGACCUGACCUCCAACAAGCUCAGCGAGGUGGCGUGGCAGGGCUCAGGAGGAAAUGAGAAGUUCUUCUUUGAGAACGAAACGGUGUGCAUGAUCUUCAACGCAGGAGAGCUCAGCUUGGUGGAGUACGGCAGCAACGAGAUCCUGGGCUCCGUCAGGACUGAGUUCAUGAACCCUCAUCUCAUCAGCGUGCGUCUGAAUGAACGUAAACAGAAAGGUGUGGAGGACAACAAGAAGCUAGCCUACCUCAUCGACAUCAAGACCAUCGCCAUCGUGGAUCUGACAGGAGGGUACAACCUGGGCACCAUCAAUCACGACUCCAAGAUGGACUGGCUGGAGCUCAACGAGACAGGCAGGAAGCUGCUGUUCAGGGACAGGAAGCUACGACUUCACCUGUAUGAUGUCCAGACUGCAGUGAGGACCACUGUGCUGAGCUUCUGCUCGUACGUGCAGUGGGUCCCUGGCAGCGAUGUGGUGGUGGGGCAGAACCGCUCAAGCCUGUGUGUCUGGUACAACAUCGACAGCCCCGACAGGGUCACCAUGAUCCCCAUCAAGGGUGACAUGGUGGACCUGGAGCGAGGGCAGGGGAAGACAGAGGUGAUGGUGGUGGAGGGGGUGAACAGCGUGUCCUACACCUUGGACGAGGGACUCAUCGAGUUCGGCACCGCCAUCGACGAUGGAGACUACUACAGAGCCACAGCGUUCCUGGAGACUCUAGAGAUGUCGUCAGAGACGGAGGCCAUGUGGAGAACCCUCAGCAAGCUGUCCCUGGAGGCACGACAACUCCACAUCUCUGAGAGAUGUUUUGCGGCCUUAGGAGAUGUUUCCAAAGCCCGCUUCCUGAAUGAGACCAACAAGAUAGCUGACCAGGUCUCUAAGGAAUACGGAGGAGAGGGGACGGGGCACUACACAGUGCAGGCUCGUCUGGCCAUGCUGGAUAAGAACUACAAGCUGGCUGAGCUGCUAUACCUGGAGCAGAACGCCAUAGAGGAGGUGAUGGAGAUGUACCAGGAACUGCACAUGUGGGAUGACUGCAUCGCUGUGGCCGAGGCCAAGGGCCACCCAGAGCUGGACAGUCUGCGGAGGAGGUACUACCAGUGGCUGAUGGAGACCCAGCAGGAGGAGAAGGCUGGGGAGGUGAAGGAGUCCCAGCAGGACUUCCUGUCGGCCAUCAGCUUGUACCUGAAGGCUGGCCUCCCGGCCCGCGCAGCCCGCCUGGCCCUCAGCCACGACCAGCUGGCCGCCAACACCGACGUCAUCAACCGCAUCGCUGCCGCGCUCAUCAAGGGAGAGUUCUACGAGAGGGCAGGAGACGUUUUUGAGAAGAUCAGGAACCACCAGAGGGCUCUGGAAUGCUACCGCAAGGGGCACGCCUUCAGCAAAGCGGUGGAGCUGGCUCGGCAGUCCUUCCCUGCGGAGGUGGUGAGGCUGGAGGAGGCCUGGGGAGACUUCUUGGUCCAGCAGAAACAGAUGGACCCUGCCAUCAACCACUACAUAGAGGCUGGCUGCUCCUCCAAGGCGAUAGAGGCAGCUAUCGGAGCUCGGCAGUGGAAGAAGGCCGUCCACAUCCUGGAGCUCCAGGAGGACCAGUCAGUAGGGGCACAGGACCUGAGGAUCGCCCAACACUACGCUUCUGUCCAGGACUACCAGGUGGCAGAGCGUUUGUAUGUGAAGGGAGGCCACAUUAAGGAUGCUAUCGACAUGUACACUGAGGCUGGGCGCUGGGAGCAUGCUCACAGGCUUGCUGUGAAGUGUAUGACCCAGGAGGACGUGUCAGCUCUGUACAUCAGCCGGGGGCAGGAUCUGGAGAGAGACGGCAGCUUCAAGGAGGCAGAGAGGCUGUUUGCCACCGUGGAGCAGCCUGAUCUGGCCAUCACCAUGUACAAGAAGAACAAGAUGUUUGCUGACAUGAUCCGCCUGGUGGCCCAACACCACCCUGACCUGCUGGCGGAGACACACCUGCACCUGGCCAAGGAGCUGGAGGCGGAGUCUCGUUUCUCGGAGGCGGAGCAUCACUACCUGGAGGGGCAGGAGUGGAAGUCAGCGGUGAUCAUGUACCGUGCCUGCAACAUGUGGGAGGACGCCUUCAGGGUGGCUAAGAGCCACGGGGGGGGCAGUGCCCUGAAGCAGGUAGCCUACCUAUGGGCCAAGAGUCUGGGAGGAGAAGCUGCUGUCAGACUGCUCAACAAGUUAGGGCUGCUGGAGAACACCAUAGACCUGGCCACAGACAACAGCUCCUUUGAUUUUGCCUUUGAGUUGGCUCGUCUCUCCUGCAAACAGAAGGUCCCUGAGAUCCACCUGAAGAACGCCAUGUACCUGGAGGAUGAGGGCAAGUUCAGCGAAGCCGAGGCAGAGUUCAUCAAAGCUGAUAGGCCGAAGGAGGCCGUGCUAAUGUACGUCCACACCCAGGACUGGACCGGUGCCCAGCGUGUGGCGGAGGCCCACGACCCGGGCAGCGUGGCGGAGGUUCUGGUGGGCCAGGCCAAGUUCUGCUGCGAGCAGAAGGACUUCCAGAAAGCCGAGGCCUUCCUCCUCCGCGCACAGAGACCUGAGCUGGCAGUCAAGUUCUACAAGGAUGCGGAGCUGUGGAGCGACGCCAUGCGGAUCUGUAAGGAGUACCUCCCCAACAAACUCUCUCUGCUGCAGGAGGAGUACGAGAGGGAGGCUGCCAAGAAGGGCUCACGGGGCGUGGAGGGGCUGGUGGAGCAGGCCAGGGAGUGGGAGCAGGCAGGAGAGUUCUCCAGGGCUGUGGAGUGCUACCUCAAGGUGACAGACGCAUCCAGCGUGGCGCUCAUGGAGAAGUGCUGGAUGAAGGCGGCAGAGCUGUCCAUCAAGUUCCUGACGCAGGAGCGUGCUGCAGCCGUGGUGCACACGGUCGGCCCCCGCCUCACUCAGCUCAGGAAGUACAACGCUGCAGCAGAGCUGUAUCUGAACUUGGACCUCAUUAAGGAAGCCAUCGAUGCUUUCAUCCAGGGGGAAGAAUGGAACAAGGCCAAGCGUGUGGCCAAGGAGCUGGACCCAAGGUAUGAGGAAUAUGUGGACCAGAGAUACAAGGAGCACCUGAAGAACCAGGGCAAGGCUGAGUCUCUGGUAGGAGUGGAUGUAAUUGCAGCACUGGACAUGUAUGCAGACAGAGGCCAGUGGGAGAAGUGCUUAGAAACAGCCUCCAAACAGAACUUCAAGAUCCUGCACAAGUAUGUGGCUCUGUUUGCCACCCACUUGAUCAAGGAGGGAGAAGCAGAGAAGGUCCUUCACCUGUACAGCCAGCAUGGAGCCCCUGCAAACCCUCAGAACUUCAACAUCUACAAGCGCAUGUUCCUGGACCUGCUGGGUCUGCGAGGCCGGGAAGGGCCCGAGUUCUUCCGCCUGUGGGCCGACCUCAGAGAUGUCCUGCUUCUGCUGUGUGACAACCUGAGCAAGUCAUCAGAGGCCAGCAGUCCGUCCCACGAGGAGUUUGAGAAGAUGCUGCUGAUCGCCCACUACUGCGCCACCCGCUCUGCUGCCAGGGGAGUGGACCUGCUGGUCAGCGUAGCGACCAAGCUAUCCAUCUCCCUGCUGCGCCACACAGACCUGGUGCCGGCCGACAAGGCCUUCUACGAGGCGGGCAUGGCCUGCAGGGCUAUUGGCUGGGAGAACAUGGCCUUCAUCUUCCUGAACCGCUUCCUGGAUCUGUCGGAUGGUAUAGAUGAGGGGAGCCUGGACACCCUGGAUCACUCGGACUUCCAGGACACUGACAUCCCCUUCGAGGUCCCCGUCCCCACCAAGCUGCACGUGACCGAGUCCCAGAGGGAGGAGAUCCGUGACUGGGUUCUGACCGUGUCCAUGGACCAGCGGGUGGAGCAGGUUCUGCCCAGAGAUGAGAGGGCCACAUACGAGGCCUCGCUGCUGGCUGCCAACACCGGCAUUUGCUCCCUGCCCUGCAUCAUCACUGGCUACCCUGUGCUGAGGAACAAGAUGGAGUUCAAGGCUCCAGGGAAGGUAGCGAACAAGGAGGACUGGAACAAGUUCCUGAUGGCCACCAAGACCACUCACAGUCCAGAGUGCCAGGAUGUGCUGAAGUUCAUCAGCCAAUGGUGCGGCGGCCUGCCUGCCUCUGGAUUCUCCUUCCACUGAGUCACACACACACACUCACACACACACACACAGUUCCAUGUCACCAUGGGGGGUAUUUACAUCAGUAGAUUUCUCCCUCUUUCUCUAUCUUUCUUCCUCUCUCUGUUACAUCCAGUUGCAUUCCACCUUUUUUUAAAUCUUACCUUAUUUUCAUCUCUGUUUGCUGCCGUUUGUGUGUGUGUGUGUGUGUGUUUGAUUCUGUUAGAGGCUUCAGAGGUGUCUUCAUAUUUCAGAUAAUGGCAUCCAGAAAUGCUCUAAUUUAUUUUAAUCAUUUUAAUGUUCAAAUGUUCAAAUUACUAAAAAACAAUACAGUUUUAGUAAGAGAAUGUAAUAAUUAGCAUUAUCACUUUGUAUUUGGUUCAUUCAUCUGCAUGCUGUUUUAAAUGUAUUUCAUAUGUAUAGUUAUGUUAAAUAAAAAGUUUAUAUUGGUCCCUUCAA